UUGUGAAUCUCUAACGACUGAGAAAAACAAAAAGGCCUACCAACAUAUUUGACCCUUUUUUUUCUCUUCAUCACAAUAGUCACCUUCAAACUCCCCUCAUUUUCACCAUCAAAAGAAAAACACUACAUUCAUUGAUCAAACUGAUUAAACAAAUCUAUAAUCUGGGUCUUGUUUGUCUUACCAAUCUCUCAUCUGUUAAUUGAGAGACAAAAACAAUGAGAAUGAGAACACAAAUAGCACCAAGUGUAGCUCCAAUAAGCAGUUGUUGUUGUAGUACAAGCAGCAGCAGCAGCAGCAGUACUAGUAAUGGUGGUAAUAAUCAUCUUUUAGGUGGUAGUGAUCCGCAAGAUGAUGAUCAACAUUGGAGAAACUUUGACAACUCAGUCAGUGCUGUUUCUUUUGGUCUUGUUGCUACUGCCAUUCUCAUUUCUAUGUUUCUUGUUAUGGCUCUUUUUGAAAGGUUUUUCCGACCACCGUCCUCCGCCGCCGUACCACCAUCCAACGGCCGUCCUCAUGAGUCACAUCAUGGAAAACUUGAAUACCCAUCUCCAAAAGUUAAUAUAUAUGCAAGAGAAGUUUCUGUACUAAUGCCUGGAGAAGAAAAUCCAACUUAUAUCGCAAAUCCUGUUCCUUCGGUCUGUCCUCCGUAGCUGAUUUCGUACAAGCCGGACUCUAAGAGACCCAAUUAUAAGUGUAAAAAAAUUGCCGGAUAUUUUAUGUAAUACUUUAUACUGGUUGAUAAAAAAAAAAAAAAAUUGUGUUUUUUUCUGUUUUUCUUGUUUAUGAAAUGAGGUAUUUACAUAUGACAUACGACUCAAUAUGAGAAUCUUUUAUUCAUUAA